AUUUGUUAAUUUCUUCUGUUUUCUAGUGUUGAUAAUCUUGUCCCUAGCUACCUUACUUGCUGAAGGCUGAAGCUAGAAACUUCUAUCACAACCAUUGCUUCAAUGCUCCAAAAAGCUUUAUUGAUCCUAUUGGGAGUAUCAAUUUCCAAAGCCAUCAGACUCAUCUCUCGUUCGCGUAAUGGUAACCAACCUGUUGCUAUCGCUACUAGCUCUGAAGAUGAUAUUAUUUUAACUCGUCCUGCUACCAAGUAUGAUGUGUUCCUUAGCUUUAGAGGAGAAGACACUCGCCACAAUUUUGCAAGUUAUCUUUACAAAGGACUUCGAAAUGCGGGCAUUCACACUUUUAUGGAUCAUGAACUUCGAAAAGGAGAAUCAAUCUCACCGAUUCUUCUAAGAACAAUAGAGGAAUCAGAAAUAUCUGUGAUUAUUUUCUCUGAGAAUUAUGCUUCUUCAACUUGGUGUCUAGACGAGCUUGUUCACAUAUUAGAAUGCAAGCGUAAAUUUGGAAGAGUUGUGAUACCUGUUUUCUAUAACGUAGAUCCUUCAAGCAUACGCAAACAAAAUGGGUAUUUUGGAAAAGGAUUUGAUGCAUUGAAGCAAAGAUUUAAAGACAACCCAGAAGAAUUGCAAAAGUGGAGAAAUGUUUUAAUCCAAUCUACAAAUCUCUCCGGAUGGGAUUCCCACAGUACCAGACCUGAAUUCAAACUUAUUGAAGAGAUUGUCAAGGAUAUUUUGAGAAAGUUGAACUAUGCGUCAUCAUCUCAUCUUGAAGGACUCAUUGGCAUUGCUGGACAUGUUAGAAACAUUCAAAGGCUUCUAAUUGAGACCCGUAUUGUGGGAAUAUGGGGUAUGGGCGGUGCUGGUAAGACCACACUUGCUAAAGCUAUACUUCAGGAGUUAAAAGCUCAAUUUGAUGCUUUCUCGUUUAUUGAAAAUGUCAAAGAGCAAUUAAAAAGAAUUAGUUUGGAUGAGCUGCAGAAGAAUUGCCUUAAAGAAUUAUUAAAAGAUGAGGAUAUUAGCAUCUAUGACAUAAAAUCCACUUUUGUGAAAAAUAGGCUUCAGAGAAAAAAAAUUCUUCUUAUACUUGAUGAUGUGGACAAUUCAACAGUAGCGGUAGAUUUAACUAGGGUACUUGAUUGGUUUGGAGAAGGAAGUAGAAUUAUUAUCACAUCAAGGGACAUGCAAGUGCUGAAGAAUGCUUCUGCGACAUUCUCAACAUAUCAUGUUCCGGAUUUGGAUUUUGAAGAUGCUUUUCAUCUCUUCAAUUUGAAAGCAUUCAAGCGAGAUGAGCCAUCUAAAGGUUACAUGGAGUUAUCAAAAUCAGUAGUGAAAUAUUGUCACGGAAACCCGUUAGCCCUAGUAGUGCUGGGUUGCUUCCUUUAUGGCAGGCAAAAAGAAGAGUGGGAAAGUGCUUUGGAAAAACUAAGUCAAGCUCCACCCAAGGACAUUGUUGAUGUUCUGAGGUUGAGUUUCGAUGGACUUGAUGACAAACAGCAAAAUAUGUUUCUUGACCUGGCAUUCUUAAUCAGGCAAGGAGUUCAUAUUUCUUUGAACCUAUUGAGACAAUUAUAUUGUUCUUCUAUGCAUAUUGAGAUAAGUGUUCUAAGAGAAAAGUCUCUCAUUUCAUUUAAUGAUCAUAAUGAUUUCAUUGAGAUGCAUGAUCUUCUGAGGGAAAUGGGCCUUGAAAUUUCAAGCCAACAAUUACUCUCUGGUCGUAAAACACAUGUUCGACUAUGGAGGCAUGAGGACAUUUAUUACUUUUUCCACAAUGACCAGGCCAUUGAGGCAAUUCGAUGCAUGUCGUUGGAUGCAAGCAAGAUAGAAAGCAUCACAUUGAUGGCUAGUCAUUUUCGAAGAAUGCGCUAUUUAAUGGAAAACCUUCAAAGUUGA